GUGGCUUCAGACUUCAGUCUUUCCAUAAUCCUGGUCGUGGAGAUGCUAGGCCUUGGAACAACCAUGUGAGAGGAAAAAGGAUGCUUGUCACGCUUAUUUGCAGCCUUUUCCGGCUUCAGUCGGGCAGUCACAAUUGGGCUUCGCAGUCUCAGUCACUCCGCGUGGGACUCAAAGAUGUCACGUGUGGAGGGCGGUUUCGUCUCCGGAGGGGCCUCAGGGACCCUGGUCCCUGGGAUGCAAGUGACGGGCAGCGGCAUGGUGGUCGGAAGUGGCGAUAUAGUGGCUGGUGCUGGUGCUGGCGCAGGUGUUGCAUAUCGUGGUGAUGCUGGAGCUGCGGGCAACUGUCACGCCGAUUGUUUGGACGCGGGCCCGGGCACAAUGUGCUUCGAACCAGAUCCUUACUCUGUGACAAAGCAAGCGCAGUGGAAGUAUUUUGGAGCCGGGGAAGGAUCUUAUGACUCGGUGCAACAAGUGACCUAUGUAGGCCAGGGCGCCGGCAGUUGGGAGCGGCAAGAAGUGGUUUCCCACACUGGAUAUCGCUGGAGGCCCUUGUGCAUCACGCUGAUCACUUGCGUGCUGCUGGUGGCCGCUUGCAUCAUUGUGAUUCCUUUACUCAUGCCAGCUCAACGCGAUACCGGCUUUGACAUUCCAGCGGCACAAGAUUGCUCCCUGGGUGCUCACGAUUGGAAGAACUUGUGGGAUGAGACGAAGCAGAACUACUGCUGCCAGACCCAAAGCGUUGGUUGUCCUUCCGCCGUGGCUACGCCCGUGAAAAUUGUCCACUUUACUCACUAUGUGACGCGAGUCCACCGGGUGCCACACCCAGUGGCAGACUAUGUUGAGGUUCCUGUGCCACACGUGGAGGUUCGUCACGUUUACAGGGAGGAACGGCCCUAUGAAUGUGAUGAGGGGCUUGAGGACGUGAAGAAAUGGGACACCAAACACAAGCGCUACUGCUGCUUCCUGCGCAAGAUCGCUUGCCCAACGAAGGUUGUGAAGCACGACAAGUACAUCACAGUCAUGAAGCCCAAACUCAUUCCCAAGUACAUCCCCAUGAAGGCCACAGAGAACAAGACUGUGGUGGUGCCCCAGUACUACCCGAAAGAAAUUGAGCCGAAACCCAUCAAGGUGAGUGUUGAACAGCCUCCCAAGAUCAUCUACCAACCAGUGAAUGAGACGCGGUACAUCCGAGUGCCUGUGCCGGGAAAACCGCGCAUCGUAGUGCAGGAGAAGCCGGUUCCAGUGGAGAUGCCGCCAGAGGUGGUCAAGGUUUACGAUCACAUUAAGGUCCACCCCUUUGAGGUCAAGGAACCCCCUGUCCAUCACCACCACUUUGAUUGCAACGCAGGCUACUCAAACUGGUAUUUUGGAUGGUCUCCAAAGAAGAAGACUUGGUGCUGCGAAGAUUCAAACCGGGGCUGCCCAGGGACAUGGCAUGGAAGUGCGCACUUGCACAUUCACACACACGUGGGACAAGCGACUGGGCACAUCUACGAUUGUGAUGCCGGCUUCUCAAACUGGUUGCAUGGCUGGUCCGACUCCAAGAAAUCCUGGUGCUGUGACAAGUUCCAUGUUGGAUGCGCUCCGCACAGCUGCAGCGGUACUGAUGUGGGUAUGAAAGGCUGCGCGCGCACCACCUUGUCACCCUUGAAAUGCGAUGCGGUUUGCACUCACGCCGGGGAGUCGGUGAGCUGCAUGGAGCGCAUCCACUGGACGAAGCAAAACGUCUUCCAGGGCCGUGGAAAUGCUUGCGCUUUGGCAUAUAGCAAGGUCCAGGUGGAAUGCAGCAUUUGCCGUGGUUGCAGCAUCGAGGAAGCUGGUUGCACCGUGAAUGUGGCCACGUCUGCCGCCUUUGAUUGCAACGCAGCGCUGAGCAACUUCUUCCGAGCUUGGUCACCCUCCAAGAAGCAGUGGUGCUGCACACAAGAGGGCAAAGGUUGCGAGGGCAACAGCCCCCCGCAUGUGGAUCCCGGCUUCGGAAUGGUUUGGAAGCACGUGCAGGUGCAUGGCUAUUGGACAUGGCAGGCAGUAGGCGGAGGCCAUGUGAAGUUGCCGUACGAUUGUCACGCUGGCUUGGCAAAUUUCCAGAUUGGUUGGUCCAGCGGCAAGAGGGCCUGGUGCUGCUCUAAGCAACACUUGGGCUGUGGUGCCGUUGGCGGAGCUGCUAGCGCCGCUGGCGCCGCUGGCGGGUUCGCUGCUGGAGCUGCGGGAGCCACGGGCGGCGAAUUUGUUCACCAUACAACAGUGGUCAUGGAUCAUGCUGCCCAUGGAAACCCACCAGCUAUGGCUGCGCGUGGGAUGAUGUGGCACUGGGCACAUUCCGGUGGCCAUUGGCAUUGGGUGCAGAUCCAUGCGGGUGGACAUUUGCCCUUUGAUUGCGAGGCUGGCUUCGCGAAAUGGCAGACCGGUUGGUCUGGAUCAAAGAAGCAGUGGUGCUGCCAGAACAUGGGCAAAGGUUGCCAAUGAGCGAUUCCUGGAUCUCAGAACUCGUAGGUCGAAUCCUCUAUAAAAUUCGAGGUUGCACGGAUGCAUGCAGACACUGAUCAGUGGCAUGGACAAAGACUUUUCCCUCUGCUGCCCUACUGGACUGCGAGAUGUCACAACUCUGAGUGUUUGUGCCGCACGGAAAAAA